GAUGGCAUCUAAAAUAAAUCACUAUCUCGAAGAGAUGGAACAUUACGAUAAGGAUAACAGGUACAUGGGAGCAUCAGAUCUAUGUAACCUCAUUACUUCUGAAGCAGGUAUUCUUGAUGCUGAGAGAGAAAGGAAGUGCAUCGACGCCUUUAUUAGGCAACUUGACGAUAACUCAACUGAGGUACAAGGAAAGGCAGUCCAGUGUUUGGCUAAAAUUGCCUCUAAGAUUAGAGAAGAUAACCUUGGAAAUAUCUUAUCUGUUGUUGCAAACUGUAUUAUUACCAAGGAUAAGGAUUUCAGAGAUAUUUACUGCAUCUGUUGUAAAUCUAUCAUGGCAGAAGUGACAGAUCCUUAUGCUCCCACUGUGAUUUCCUCAUGCUAUCCCAUUCUUCAGAAUGGAAUUAAGUCAGACGACGAAGAAGUGCAGGAAGAAUGUUCUGAGUUGCUCAGUGAACUUCUGAAAAGAUUCGCAAGUCAGAUCAUUCAUGACUCUAGCUUGAUAAAGGAAAAAGUCAUACUUGGAUAUUUGUUCAAAAUCUUAUCAAGCAAAUCUCCAUACACAUUGAAGAAGAAGGUAGCUUACGCUAUUGGAUGCCUCUCAGUGGUACUGUCCUCUUCAAAUAUUCAGGCAUUAAUGGAAAACUUGGUAGGAUCCAUUAACGACAACAUGAAGGAUGAUUCUCUUCUGUUCUACUACAUCUUAGCCUUGUCAUGGGUAUCGAGGAAAAUCGGAUACAAAUUAGGAGGAUAUCUAGAAUCUCUCAUCAUGAACUUGAUUAAAAUCUGUGACUCUCUAGACUCAGAGAACUCGAAUGAUCAACAAAAUGAGAUUGCUGAAGAAGCUCUUAACUGCUUCGUGUCCUUGAUUAAGCAUUGCCCAAGAGAGAUCACCUGCUACAUCGAUAAGCUUCUGAAAGUUGCCCAAGAAAAGAUGACCUACGAUCCAAUCUAUGACUACGAUAUUGAAGAUGAUGCUGAUAUGGACGAUGAGGGAGAAGCAUGGGAUGAUGAAGACGAAAUGGACGAUGAUGAAAUCCAAGAUGAUGAUACCUCAUGGAAAGUAAGAAGAGGCUCCCUCAAUCUUAUCAUCUCAGUUACCACUACAAGACCAGAAAUGCUUAGGGCUUUGUAUUCAGACGUUUCCACUAAGCUAGUUACCAGAUUUAAGGAAAGAGAAAAUAAGAUUAAAUCUUUAGUGUUUGAUACCUUCUCUAUUCUUUUGAAGACCACUAAUGUUGAGUCAUUCUCAAAGGACACUUUGGAGGAUCUAGAACCUUCCAUUGGACAGAUGGUGAAAAGAAGAAGUAGUGUUGAAGAACUUUACUCCCAGGUUCCAACUAUUGUCCAAUCUUUAAUUAAAGAGACCAACACUAAAAACGUUGCUGUGAAGAUUUCUAUCAUCGAGUGUCUAUCACAGAUAACUAAUGCACUGAGAGAGAAAUUAGUACCUUUCUUUGAAGACCUUCUUCCAAUUAUCAAGGAAUCAGUGAUUGAUGAGAACAAUACUGCAAUAAUUGUACCUGCCUUGACUUCUUUAAAAUCUCUUCUCCAAUACGCUAAAGAUGAGGGAAGUGUAAAAGCAAACGCUGGGGUUGUUCUAGAUAUCAUUCUGGCAAGUCUUAAGAACGAUCAUUUCUCAGUUAAAGCUGAAGGUCUCCUGGCUACCAGCUGCUUCACCAAGAUACUUACCGGAUCAAGUGAUGAUAGUGUUGGUAAAUUAAAUGAAGUUGCAAUCACAUGUAUGGAUGCUUCUGAAAACGCCAUUAUUGCAGUCUCUCACCUCCUUUCCAGCUGUCAUUCUUCUCUCACCAGCAGUGAAAUCAAGAAUGAUAUUGAUAUUCUGACUGAGAAGCUUAGCAAUGAUAUGAAGAGAGUCACUGCUUUGAAAGCAAUGCAUAGAGUCUGUGAAUCAGACUGUGACUUAAGCUCAUACUCUUCUUCCUUUGUGGAAGCAGUAAGCCCACUUUUAUCCAAAGCAGACAACAAUGUAAAAAUUUACUCCUUGCAAGUACUCAGCGGGUAUAUAGGAAAGUAUGGAUCAGCUAUUGGAAAGGCUAAAAUUGCUGAUGUGUUGACCUCAACCCUUUCAAUCAUCACAAAUGAGAAUCUACAAGUUGCAGAUUAUGCUUUAAAACUUCUUUGCAUUCUGACAUCCUUCGAAUUGAUUCCAUCUGCACUGAAAGAUACUGUUGUAAAAGUAACUAGUUUGACAGAGUCAACUUUCUUAACAGGGAAGACUAAGAGAAAUAUUAUUGGUUUCUUUGAUCACCUGUCUAAGAACAACUCUUCUCUUGACUUUGAGUCCUUCAUUACUUUCUUGGAAGAAGCUGUGACCAUCAAGAGGACCGUUCCAGCUUCAUGCAUUGCUAUAAUGAUCCACAACUAUAGUGAAUUGAAUACUACCUUCACUACCAAGUAUUUGAAGGGGCUUAAGAGUUCAGACACUAGAACUGUUGUGGUCAGUCUUCUUAUCCUUGGAGAGAUCGGUAAGCUAAACGAUCUCUCUUCAGUCAAGAACAUCAUUGAAUCAGUUGAUUCCUUAUUUGCCAGUCCAGAGAUUGAUAUCAAGCAAGCUGCUUCACAAUGCCUAGGAAGUAUCUGUAUUGGAAACUUCGGAUAUUUCCUUCCAAAGGUCAUUAAAAUUAUUGUUGAAUGUGAAGAGAAGAACAAGUAUCUCAGACUUAUGUCAAUUAGAGAAAUUAUUCAGACUAAACAGCAAUGUGUCGGAGACCAUUCCAAGGAAAUCUCUGAAAUUCUAUACGAAAACGCUGCUCAUUCUGAGGAAAAGAUUAGAAAUGUCAUCUCCGAGUGCCUUGGAAAACUCUUCAAUCUUGCUGGUCUAGAAAUGAUGAGUGAUCUUGAGGAUAAGAUUAAGUCAUCUAAUCAUGUUGUUAGAGCAACUGUUGCUAAAUCCUUCAAGUACUGUGUACAUAAAGGUAUGGAUACAACAGCAUUGAAUUCCUUCAUUCCAGAUAUCAUUGAGCUAGCUACCGAUUCAGAGCAUGUCAUCAGACAGUAUACACUUGAAUCUUUGGUAUCUAUCACUCACCAUCUACCAAUGCUGUUGAAGAACGAUAUUGACACUAUCUACAAGAUCUUGUCUAACGAGAUUGAAGUCCACAAGGAGCUUAUUAAGGAAGUAGAUCUUGGACCAUUCAAGCACAAGAUUGAUGAAGGUAGACCAAUCAGGAAAGCUGGAUUUGUUUUAUUAGACACCAUCUUUGAGAAAAUUCCUGAAAGAAUCAAUGUUCCAAUCAUUAAUGAUAUGAUUCUUGUUGGUCUUGCUGACCCUGAUGAUGACUGCUGCUCUCAGACCCUACACAUCCUCUUGAAGAUGAUCAAGUGGGCUCCAGGAGCUGUUGUCGGACAGAUGAGUAAUAUCCUUGACAAGCUACCAAAGAUCCUGAAGGAGCCAGCCAAGGGAACUACAAAGACAUCUAUGAGAAUUGCUACCAAGGUUCUAGAGAAGAUGAAUGAAAUUCCAGAAAUGGAGACAAAUACUACCUUCCAGAAGUUCAUCACUGAUAAUGCUGUCUGCUUCGAAGAAACGAAAGAUGAGUAAUUGAUCAUUAAAAAUGGUUCAACUA